GUUCAAAAAAGAACAAAAAUCGCCAUUAGCUGGCUGCUAGUGGAGUAUUUCUGGGCGGGGCGCUCUCUUCCCUUCCCCCCGCGCCUCCACUUCCGCCUCCGCCUCGCGCCACCGACCAUGCCUUCCUCCGCCGCAGCCGCCGCCGACGGCGGCGACAUCGAGGAGGUGGACCGCCUCAAGAAGAGGAUCAGGACCCUCGAGAUGGAGGAGACGAAGUUGAACCAGCAUAUGGAACGCGUCAUCCAGGGAAUCGAAGCGAACGAGGCGUACCUCGUCGGCAUGGUCCUCAGGAUUAUGGAAAAGGGCCCAGAGGAUGAGACUGCUGAGGAUGAUUGUGAUGUUGGCUUUCAUUUGCAGCGAAAAAUUAUAUUCCGUCCUAUUGCUGGGGUAGUGUACCCUAGCAAACUUAAGCCUGGAGAUUUAAUUGGUGUUGACAGUACAUCAAAUGAACACUACUGUGGCAUUGGUGGUCUCGAAAAACAAAUUGAGGAGCUUGUGGAAGCAGUUGUGUUGCCAAUAAUCCACAAGAACUGCUUCCAGAGGUUGGGAAUUCACCCUCCAAAAGGUGUACUUCUGUAUGGACCACCUGGAACUGGGAAGACACUCGUUGCCCAUGCAUUUGCUUCCCAGACAAAUGCAACAUUUCUUAAGCUAACUGGUCCACAACUUGCCGUGAAGCUUAUUGGUGAGGGAGCAAGACUUGUUCGUGAUGCCUUUCAGCUUGCUAAAGAGAAAGCCCCAUGCAUUAUUUUCAUUGAUGAAAUUGAUGCAAUUGGAAGCAAGCACUUUGAUAGUGGUGAUAGGGAAGUGCAACAAACAAUUGUGGAGCUUCUUAAUCAGUUGGAUGGCGUCGGGAGCUAUGAGAGUAUAAAGGUAAUAGCUGCAACUAAUCGGCCAGAAGUUCUUGAUCCUGCUUUUCUGCGAUCUGGCCGUUUAGAUCAAAAGAUUGAAUUCCCUCAUCCAUCUGAACAGGCUAGAGUUAGAAUUCUGGAGAUCCACUCCCGAAAAAUGGACAAAAACCCUGAUGUAAACUUUGAAGAGUUGGCUUGCUGUACAGAUGAUUUUAAUGGUGCACAGCUAAAGGCUGUAUGCUUUGAGGCUAGCAUGCUGGCAUUUCACCGAGAUGCUACAGAGGUUCGGCAUGAGGACUUUGUCAGAGCAAUUGCGCAAGUAAAAGACGGGAAUUACUGAACAACAGCUUCAACUACUAUGCAUAGAGGACACCAUCUAACAUCUUACCUUGUGUGCAGUUGGUUCUGAGACCAGACCAAGAAGUUACUGUCACCUAACUCAAAUUUUUACCAUGUCUUAGAUACGAGAGAUCAAGUAUAGUUUGAAAACAGUGGUCUGUAUAGUACUGAUUAGUAAGUUGAGAAAUAUUUGAGGCUCAUAGUAGGAAGCUAAUCAGAAAAGGCAACAAUUGUUUUUGAUAACCUUGCAAGAUUUGAGUUUUUUUGACAACAGCAUUUGCUGAUCAGAUUGUUGGCUAUUUGUUAGAUCUUGCAUCUACACAAAGUUACUAUUACUUUGUGCAGCACUACAGCUCAUGUUGCUGUAAUAGUACCGUGGCUACUUCUCCAUUUUUGUUAUAUUGGCCUGGAUUUUUCACAUUUUGGUCCUUUUGAAAAAUUUAUUUUGCAAAUAGACCCUUGAAAAACUUAUCCCAGAAAUGGUCCUUUUUGGAGCACCAGAGUGGCUGGCGCCGUCCCCCUGCCGACGUGGCGAGGCGAUGCUGAGGUGGCGGGAUGAGGGCACCAACAUGGCUGGGAUAAGUUUUUUCAGGGGUUUAUUUGCGAAAUAAGUUUUUUAAAAGGACCAAAAUGUGAAAAAUCCAGUUAUAUUGGCCAUCUUUCGUCAGCUUUGUGCUUGGGAAGCCGAGUGCUCAAUUGAUUUGCUCAUAGAAUUGUAUGUGAAGCGUGGCCUAAUUUGUAGAACAUGUUUACUACUCCCUCCAUUUUAUAUUAUAAUUUGCUUUGACUUUUUUUAA